CGAUAAUCCUUAUGAUUUUCACCUCAGACCAUGGCAAAAGGUCGCAAGAAUACAAGGACAGAUCCCUGGAAGUUUAUCUCUUCUGCAUGGCCAUCACAGGUGAAGUAUUUCCAAGUGGCCAAAGACCCAUCGAACGAAACCAGCAAGGAAGAGAAUCGAUCGAGUGUCGGUCGAUCAGCCUUAUCACGAGUUUCGCUCCUGGUGCCCAAGAAACUACGCCACGAAAACUAUGAAGCAGGUCGAGAGUGGACCAGGGGCACAUUGCUUUGGACUUAUGGCGUGGGCGCAAUUCUGGUUCUCAAUAUUAUCGUGACGGUGAUCGCGAGCACCAUCGGCGAACCAUCCGAGAGCGGGUUUAUGGCUACGAGUAUCUAUCGCGGAAGUUGCUCGGUAUCGAGUCAUUGGACUACGGGAAUCCACGCGUUUAUCAAUAUCCUUAGCACGCUAUUACUCGCUGGUAGCAACUACACGAUGCAGUGUCUAGCAGCCCCUUCGCGAGCGGAUAUCGAUAGCGCUCAUCAGAGACGCCGGUGGUUGGAUAUUGGUGUCUUCAACAUACGAAACUUGUCGGUGAUGAGCAAAAGGCAAAGGGUGCUAUGGGGGUUGCUACUGCUCAGCUCGACGCCAAUUCAUAUGAUAUAUAACUCGGUAGUCUUCUCCACGGUCGCGGCGUUGGAUUACGCCACGGUCCUAAUUCCAGACAACUUGUCCGAUGAACCUCUAACGACGAAUAAACCCAAUUUCGCGACCCGCUUCUUUGAUGCUGUCGGUACCAGCGCCAUUGAUAUCCACGCUGAGAUCCUCAACGGCACUUAUAAAGAAGUGAGCGGACAGGAAUGCUUGGAAACAUACAACAUCGAGUUCAAUACAAAUCUAGGCACCCUCCUUGCCGUCAGUGACCACCGGAACUUCCAUAAUACAACAGUUCUUUUAGGCAAGAUCUAUAAUCGUGUCAAACACGCGACGAAGGGAAGGCCGUUCGUGGCCUCAUCGUUGUACGGGAUAAUUCAGUAUACAGACGAUCCCCAGGAAUACAUCGACGCAGGCCGGUUCAGCAUAAAAGGGUUACAUUUUGAGUACCAACCGUGGAAGGUGACUGUGCCAAAUCCUGCAGUGCCGGAGCAGGAGACGUCGUUUGAGUUAGAGCACGAGUGGAAUUAUGACAAAAUAUUCUUCCCAUUAGCUUCACAAGACUGGAUCUCCGACGUCUCCACGCUCUAUGGCUUCUUGAUCACCUACAAUCCGGACAAAGAGGCACUCAAUGAAUAUCUGAGUACUCCUGAAAACUGGAAAAAUGAUACGUGGGCCACAAACACCACGCUCCAACUAGGCAACGAUUCAAUAUCUGGUGUUCAAAUGAGCCAAAAUAUCGAUAUGGAUGACUCGUUUGGAUAUGUACCCGUAAUGCGGUGUAUGAUCAAGAAAAGGGAAUCACUUUGCCAAUUGACAUUCAGUCCUCUGAUUGCUACUGUUGUGAUUAUAUCCAUUCUGAUCAAAGUAGUCUGUAUGUUUUUAACUGCUCGCACCAAACGGAAAGACAUCCUAUUAACUGUCGGCGAUGCUAUUUCUUCCUUUCUAGCGAAUCCGGACACGACAACUCAGGAUGGGAGACACCGAUCUGAUCUACAUGAUGAAUGGCGAGCAGCUUCUAUUCUCUCAAGCCCUGGUCAACACGAUGGCUACUCCUCCGCUGUGGAGUUGUCUCAGGGCAGGAAAAAACGGUGGUAUCAGGCUGUCAGCGGUAAACGAUGGACAGGCAUCAUUAUCUUCUUCAUAUUCUGCGAAGCAUUCUCGAUAUGGAUGGUCCGUCUAGCAUACAAGUUUCGCAGUAUAGACGGCAGUUUCUCGGCCGCCUGGAAGAUAGGUUUUGGAAAAUUCGACGGCCGAAAUCUCAUUGCAAGUCCCGGGAUCUCCCAGAACACUAUAUCACUCCUCCUACUCGCCAACACACCCCAGGUCGUCCUGUCCAUCCUUUACUUCCUAUACAACAGUCUCUUAACCACCAUGGCAGCCGCCGCAGAAUACAACAACUACGCUCUCCAACGAAAACCCCUCCGAGUCUCCUGGCCGAAAGGCCACCAGCGAUCAACCUACUACCUCAGUCUCCCCUACCGCUAUAGUCUCCCGCUGCUGGUAACAUCCGCAGCACUGCACUGGCUUCUCUCGCAGAGUAUCUUCUUCGUCAACGUGGCCGCCUACGACGUGCACGAGAAGCCCGUUGCUGGGGAGUCCAUCAAAGGUUGCGGCUUCGCGCCUCUUCCGAUGAUGGUUAUUCUCCUGGUCUCGGUUCUCGGGGCCAUAGCGCUGUUAGUGCUAAGUUUCCGUUCAUUCAAGUCCCCGAUGCCGCUGGCUGUUCGAAGAAGUGCUUCGAUUAGCGCAGCAUGUCAUCCUCCACGCGAUGACUGCGAUUCCGCUUUAAAACCGGUCAUGUGGGGUGAACUGGUGAGUCCUGAUACCGGACGGAGAUGUCGUACGUUUACGUCGAAGGACGUGGGUCAUGUAUCUCGAUGAUGGGU